GAAUUUGAGUGUGUGCUCUUUAUCUGGAUCUGCUCCACGGCUUUUCACGGGCCACGUCACGUCACGGAGGGGGGAAGAAACAGAUUCCUGAGCGCUGCUCGAGUUUCCUGCGAUCACAUCCUCAGAUCCACAUCUACAGCGGACCGAGACGCCGCGCUUUCCCUCCUACAACACACUCAAUCGGCUUUUCUAACAAAAAUGAUGUUUCGAUGUUUACCCGUGCUUUUCCUCCUGGCUGUAGUCUGCUGUCAUGCUGAGCAGGAGGUUCAGAGCAAAUCAAAGGUGUGUGCGAAUGUGUUCUGUGGCGCUGGAAGAGAGUGUGCCGUGAAUGAGAAAGGAGAGCCCAGCUGUCUGUGCAUUGAGCAAUGCAAACCUCAUAAGCGUUCAGUGUGUGGCAGUAAUGGAAAAACGUACCGCAACCACUGCGAACUGCACCGUGACGCCUGUCUGACUGGACUCAAGAUCCAAGUGGCCCAUGACGGACACUGCAAAGAAAAGAAGAAGGAGAAGGCUGCAGCCAGCCCAGUUGUGUGUUACGUUGCUGAUCGUAACGAGCUGCGCAGACGUGUGAUCAAAUGGCUGCAGACAGAGGUUGUUCCAGAUGGCUGGUUCACUAAGGGCUCCAACUUCACUGAUAUCCUCCUCAAGUACUUCAAGAAUUAUGAUAACGGAGACUCUCAGCUGGAUUCUGCAGAGCUGCUCAAGUUCAUUCAGCACAAUGAGACCGCUGUUCAGAUGAACUCUUACGUUGAAGAGGAGAACAACCGUCUGCUCAGGAGCCUUUGUGUGGACGCUCUUAUUGAGCUCUCAGAUGAGAAUGCCGACUGGAAACUGAGCUUUGAUGAGUUCCUCAACUGCCUAAAACCAGGUUUCAACCCUCCUGAGAAGAAAUGUGCUCUGGAGGAUGAGACCUAUGAGGAUGGUGCCGAGACACAGGUGGAGUGCAACCGCUGUGUCUGUGCAUGUGGAAACUGGGUCUGCACUGCCAUGACUUGUGAUGAGAAAAGCCCAGUUAUCGACACUAAUGGGGAUGAAGAGAUGACUGAAGAGGAGUGGACCCGCCGUGUGGCUGAACUCAACAAGCAUCAGGAGACUGUGGAGAAGAUGAAGACCAGCACAAAGGAGGUCUAAAACAGGACAGAGAGAGACAAGAGGAGGGAGAAGAUGUGGACAAAUUCCUCUCCUACUGAUCACAAUCAGGAUUCCUGAAAUUACGUACUGUUAUUGGAAAAAUCACAGCAUUUUCAAUGAAUAGGUUAUUACUUUUAUUGCUAUACGUACUGCAUCUAUUCUCUGGUUAAUGUGUUUUACAUUACGGUUGUAUUUUUCUACAUAUUUCAUUAGCUUUUCAUUAUUUUGUAUGUUCAUUUGUAUGUCUUCAAGUGCUGUAAAUUGUUUGAUUGUGUCACUCCAAACGUUGCCGAAGAGGCCUCAGCACUUUGUUAUGGGGGCCAUUGUUUUAUUCACUAUUGUUUGAUUUUAUGUAUUAUUCUUUAUACCAUUUAUUUGUUUGUCUGUCUACAGUUAUAUGUGGAAAUAUGUUUUUUUUUUUUAUUGAGACAAUGGCAAAAGAAGAAGAACGAAGAAUAAGAAAGGGUUCGAGAGUGAUGUUGAGAGAGUAAAACAACACGGGUUCAUCCAUCAAACUGUGACUUCAGAGCUUCAAAACUAGAGAUAUCCCUCAGUCAGAUGGUAGAUAGUCAUGCUAAAACAACUACACACUAGUAGGAGCUUGCUUGACAGAUAAAAAUGUGACUUGAAUGAAGCUCUCUCUCUCUUUCACUCUCAUCAUGAAGGCAGUCAUAGUCUUGAGACCUUUCGUAAAGGUGCUAAUGUUAGUAUUCCUCUGUUUGCUGCUUUGCUCUCAUGCUUUAGAUGGUAGAUACGCUCAUAAAACACUAGAAGCAGAUUGUGGCUCAGUAAAGUAGAGCAAACAAUAUCUUCGAAUUUUAAUAUCAUUAUGGGGCAACAAACCCACCAUGUUAUUACUUGACAAACAUGCCUUUUCUGCCAUGAGCGAUUGCAUCGAAAGUCCUUCCAUUAGAGUAGAUCACCUCCAUAGAUUAGAAGAACACUGCUGCACAAAUGCAUUGAGCUUGUAUUUAUGUUAGUUGCUAGAGGCAGUUCAUGCUGAAACUCUCACACUGUGCUCAGUCUCACUCUGAUGCUGGGUUUGAAUCGAUAAAAAUGAACUAACAAGCCAGGUUUCAUAAAAAAUAAAGGAGUUUAAUUAAGCAGUUGAGCUCACCAAGGUGGGACUGAGUACAGAAGGAGUGACCUGAAACCAAAGCCUGAUGUUUAGGAUGUUUUAAAUUGUUGUACGAAAACCUCCAGGUAUACCACUACUCUGGACCCAGCAACUACUUUAUACCUGUUACGUAAAAUAACUGUCAGAAUAAGGAUUAGAGUCGCUAUUGCCUCUGUAGUGUAGUUGCAUUCCUACCGAAUUGGGAGAAUUUGUUUGUGUGUGUGUGUGUGUGUGCAAAAUGCAUGUGUGUGUGAGCUUGUUUAAUUUCCAGUAAUUCCACUAACAGUACGGAUCCUUUGUGGUAAUUAGUGCCUUAUAUAUAUACAAACAGUGUGCCAUGGGUUAAGUGGCUUCUUCUGUAGGUAUAAACCACCUAAUAUAGGACACAGUGCACAUGAAUUUUCCAGUAUUAUGGUAGACACCUAGCAAUUGCCUUUUAUAUGUCUGUAUGAUUGUUUUAUUCAAUGGGGCAGAAUUAAAACAUUUUAUUGUAAAAA